AUGACCUCACUCAGUCCCACAAAAAUGACCCGUAUGUGGACAGUUGUGGACCUUCUCAUUCCCUCACACCUCAAAUGGGUCGAUACCAGGGAUCGACCAGCAGUACUUUUUGCAAGAAUUCUGGAAAUUAAUUCUUCAAACUUAUGUCACACAGUGCUAUGGACGACUUUAGUUCCAGCAAUCAAAUGGUAUCACAAAAUUCACGUAAAAUACGAGAGACUUGUAGCUGAAAUGUCAUCGCCAUGGCUACCUUACCUAAUCCAAUUGGUCGCUAUGACACCCCUCCCAUGCCUCUACAAGCACGAUAAUCUCGGGCGGGUUGCAUUGCGAAAUGGGCAUGUUUGA